AUGAAGGUUUUUGUCUUCGCUUUCUUGUUAGUGACCGCAGGUGUUAACGCCCUGCCCCAGCAGUACUUUGAAGAUGAAUACAGCUCCAGGGACGAGCGCAUUGUUACAGGUAACAUCAGAAGAGCAAUCGAAGAGCUCGCCAAAUCUAUCAAAGAAGCUGGUUUGGACCCGCUAGACAUCGACAAAUUCGAAUUUGAAGGAUCUUUCGCACCAGACUUUGUCACAGUUAAGACCUACAUCGAGUCUCUUGAAUUCACUGGCCUCAGCAACAUCGCUAUCAACAGAUUGGACUAUGGCGCUCUCACCAACAGGCUCCGAUUUGACAUCUCUCUCCCUCUACUCAGUUUAUCUGUCGGUGAGGCUGGAGUUAACGCUAAUAUUUUCGGAACUCUAUUCACUGGUCAACUCAGCGGAAGUUUAAAAAUAACUCAGAUCCGUCUUGCCGGUGAAAUUCGCGUGAACAUCGGCAUCAUCUCAGGCAUCAGCCUCCGUAGCGUCGACGCCAAUUUCAGGGUUCAAAGGAUUGAGUCUAACCUUGCCAUGAAAUUCCAAGAUGAAGACUACUCUGAGCUGGUGGACUCCAUCUUGAAUGAAACGAUUCCUCAAAUACUUGAAAUUUACAAGGACGAAAUCGACAAGAACCUAUCGGAAAUUAUAAAAGAAGUCGGCAACCAGCUUUUGGGAAAGAGUGUAACAACUGGAGAUCAAGUUUUGAUUGCGUAGCGUUUUGCAAUUGUGUA